UAGCCGAAAGGCGUUCAGUUGGUGAUUCUCGUAUUCUAUUUUGUUUUGUUUUGCCCCUUCAACCUUGUAUACCACUUCCGCCCUUCUGCUUGGGAGAGAGAGUGUGAGUUUGGUUGGCGGUGAGGGGGCACAACAGAAACAGGUGGUGAGGAAUCUGAGGGAAAGAAAGGCCAGGAGGCGGGGGUCUGGACGGUUUGCCCUCUCUUCGUUCUUGGGCGGUCGGGCUUUUGGAGAGAAGGUUCAUUUUCUGCUGGUAGUGAUCGCCGAGUCAAGGAAGUAGUCCGAGGACGAUGGCGAUUGUCGCUGCUACUGCUCGCUGCUCGUUCUUCUCACAUGCCGCUCCUCCGAAACCUAGAUUACCUGCUGUCAACGCCUCGGCAUCCUUCUCCUCCCUUAAGUCCUUCAGACAUGGAGUUGCUGCUGCCAAUCCUUUCAUAAGGUUUCCAGGACUGCGUUAUCAUGCUUCUCCAUAUUCGAACUCUACAACUUCGGAAGAAACUCUGCCGAGGUUCUCUGGCGAGUUUGAUAAGGACCCUGAGCCUGAGGAGGCUUCGGUUGUUGAAGAUUCUUCAUUAGAUAAAGAUACGGAAGCGGGUGAACUCUUGGACAACCUUACAUCGAAGUUGGCUUCAGAAGAAUCAUAUGCCAUCUUCUUAUAUGGCAGUGGGGCUUUGGUGGCUGUUUGGGUUUCCUCAAUUAUUGUUACUGCAGUCGAUUCCAUCCCUUUGUUUCCACAGUUGAUGGAAGUCGUCGGUAUUGCCUUCACUGUAUGGUUCAGCUACAGAUAUCUGCUUUUUAAGAGAAACCGGGACGAACUGGUAGCCAAGCUUCGUGAGAUAAAGGAACAGGUUCUGGGGUCAUCUGAUAGCUAGAAUGUCGGUUUAAACUUUUGUGCGGUUGAUGUCAUCAGGGACGUCAAAGGAGCUAUAUCAGUCUUUGCUUGUGAUGGGAAUCGUAGAAAUAUCGAGUUCGAUCUUUCAUCGGGUUCACUGGUGUGAUGUCGGAGUACUUUUAUGUUUGGAAGCACGCAGGGCGUGUCGUCUUCUCUAUGAAUUCCUUGUCGGCGAAUUUCUUCCGUGUAUUUUCUUCUAACUUUUUUUCUGCGUCAAUGGUUAAAGUCGUAACCAAUGUUCAUGGAUGAUAUCAGUUUGGUGGAACAACCAUCACAUAUCCGAAGUUGUUGAAAUAUCUGCCUUGGUGAUUUCAUUUCA